AUGGCGAGCCAUAACAGCAUCUCCGACAACAACACCACUAACCCCGCACUGCCCAACGUCCUCAGAGGCACCCUCGUCGGCCUUUGUGAGCACUACAUCGAGCUCAGCAAGCAAUGGCGGAACAUCGGCGCGCGGUACCACCACCUAACCCUCUCGGCGCGCACAUCCAACGCCACCACUGAAUCCGAGCGCGCGAUGCUCGCCCUCAUCAGCAAGCACUUCUGUCCGAGCGACAGCGACAUCGCCGUAGCGCGCACGCUUGAGCACGACAAUCCCGAGAUUUGGCGCGCCCUGAACGACACCGAGGACCUCUUCCCGCGUGACCUUGUGCGUAUGACGGCCACCGUGAUGCAAGAAGCCAAGGCGCGCAUCGUCGCGCUGCUGCGGAUGCUGGAACAGAUGCAGGAGUGCUACGACGCCAUUGCCGGGGCUGUUGACGCGUUGCUCCUCGUGCCUGACUCUGUGCACCCGCUUAAGGAGCUCCCGGAGCACGAGCGCGAAGAGAUGAGGCGCCUCAUGCGCCGCUGGGCGUACACGCUGCCAGAGAUGCGUAGACAGCUUGAUGGGGCUGCGGAUGGUGAGGAGCAGGAGGCGCUGUUGAAGAAGCUGGGUAGUCGCUUUUUCAGUUUGGAGGAGAUGGAGGGCUUGGAGAUUCUACGCGCUACGGGGAGGCACGAUUUGAGUGCUGGUCAGAAGCAUAAUGUGCGCGUCUUCUUUACGGGGUUUGCGGAGCCGCGGAUCCUUGAGUCGUGA